AUGGGCUGUGGUUGCUAUUCGCAUGCGUCAACUGACAAAGAUAUCUUACGUGUAGCAGUUUUUGGUCUUGAAAAUUCUGGUAAAACAUCACUUGUUCAAUGUUUAAGAACUUCUAAUAAAAUAUCUAAAACAUUUAAAAAUAUUUCAACACAUGGUGUUAUAGCUGUAAAUGUUCAUUUGAAUAUGCAAACUAAUAUUAAUUUACUUAUAUUUGAUUGUGGCGGUUGUAAACAUCAGCGCCAUAUUUGGCCUCAUUUAUUAAAUAAUGCUGAUCUUAUUCUAUUUACUGUAGAUAGUAUUGAUUUAACUUACUUAAAUGAUGCAAAACAAGCUCUUUUUGAUUUACUCACCGAUGAAAGUAUAAUAGAUAAACCUCUAUUUGUUGUUUUUACUAAAUCAGAUAAACGAAAAAAUAUUAAUAUAAAUCAACUUGAGCAAGCAUUGGAUCUUUUUAUGAUAAAAGAUAGACCUAUCCAUAAAGUUUUAUUUUCAUCAAUAACGCUCGAUGGAUUUACUGCAAUAUCGACAUGGUUUGCUUAUUAUAGUCAUUGUAAACUUCAUGGGAAACAAAAAGAAAUAAUUCAAUAA